AUGCGUUCCAAGUUUAAGGACGAGCACCCUUUCGAAAAGCGCAAGGCUGAGGCCGAGCGGAUCCGCCAGAAGUACACAGAUCGCAUUCCUGUAAUCUGUGAAAAGGUUGAGAAGUCAGAUAUUGCUACUAUCGACAAGAAGAAGUAUCUCGUUCCUGCCGACCUGACCGUAGGCCAGUUUGUCUACGUUAUCCGCAAACGUAUCAAGCUGUCACCAGAGAAGGCGAUUUUCAUUUUCGUCGACGAGGUUUUGCCCCCAACUGCCGCCUUAAUGAGCAGUAUCUAUGAAGAGCACAAGGAUGAUGACGGGUUCUUGUAUAUCACAUAUUCGGGGGAGAAUACGUUUGGAAACUAA